AUGGCACAUCUUAUUGAUCCUAAAAAUGUUAUUUCACUUACGCUUUCGGAUGAACAACGAACAUUCGGUCAAAUUCGAUUAUUUCUUCGUUAUUUUCUUAUUGAUCAAUUCAGUCAACUACGUUCAUUGACUCUCAUUUACAUACGAGAAGAAGAUUUGAAUGAAUUUCAGAAAUAUAUCAUGAAAUGUUCCCUUACAACAGUUUCAAUAUCGUUUAGUGACUCGAAUUCCAAGAACAUGAAACAAUUAUUAACAUCAAUUUUAUCGCGCAAAAGUCUUCGUAAAUUGAAACUUGGAGAUGGAGAUGAUAUUAUUACUGACAUGCGAUGGCCCAUUCGAUGUAAAUUAGAAAAUAUGACAAUUAGUGGUAAAUGUAACUGGGAUAUAACUUACUUUAUCAUAAGUCAUUCACCUCAUCUACGAAAAUUGAUUCUGGAACGUUUUUCACUGGAUGAAAAUAUUACUAUAGAAUCUGAUAUGAAGCAGUGCGAUCAUUUAACUUCGCUUUCAUUAUACAUUAGUUAUGAAAUAACGAUGAAUGAUCUUGAAUUAUUUCUUAUAUUCUUACGUAAGCUAACAUAUCUUCAACUGUUUGGUCCAGGAUAUCGAGCUGAUCCUUCAUUAUUUGAUGGUUGUCGAUAG